GGGCAGCCAUGGGCCGACCAUGGGGCACCGAGCCCCGGAGCCCGCGGGCCCGCUCCCCGGCCCCGCCCGCCCCGCCCGGGUGGAGCCGUGCCCCGCCCCGCCGCGGGAGGAGGAUGAGGCGGCGGCGGCCCCGGCCGAGGCGGCUGCCCCAUGGCGGAGGAUGUUGACCUGAAAGCAUGUCGGAGAGCUUUGGAUGACUGCUGUCCACCUCCAGGAGAGGAUCAGCUGGAACUGCAAGAAGACGAGAAAGACAUAAAUCAAAGCAAUAGCAACCAUGUAGAUUCCCUUCUCACCUUAGAGGGCUAUUUACAGCUUCUGUCAUCACAGGUGGAAAACAUGCUAGAGGUAAAUGAGAAGAUACAGGUCAACUUACUGGAAGAUACACAAGUUGCUACUUCUAGUGGAGGCCAAGACCCAUCAUCCUCACACCUCAAUAUAAACCUGACCCAGACACUUCAGAACAGUUUCAGUCCUCCUGAUGCCUCACUGCUAAGAACAGACUACCCCACUCAAUUAAAUUCAAAACCAAGACACUUACAAAGGCAAGAGUUUUUCCCUCAAUCAAGCUCUAAUAUCACAAAUCCAGAAUCACAAUUUCAUGGGUCAAAUUUGACAGGGCUGUUUUCAGCUGCUGACCUUAGAAAUCUAACAGCCCAUGAUGAUAAUUUUGAUGAAAUUAAGCUCAUGUCUUUGGCUUUGGAGGAAGGCUUUAGUCCUAUAGAAGUUUCUCAGAUCUUUGAAGAGCCUGGCUCAGAUUCAGGACUAUCUUUGAAUUCAGAUCACAGCACCACCUCUUAUUCAGUCUGCUGUGAAGAUUCUGUUGGGUACAGCAGUGGUGUUAAAUCUGCUCCUUCACAUGGCUUAGGAGCUGUUGGUGGCCACUGCCAAGAAAACAUUAAGCACAGCCAUGUGGAAUAUCCAGGUGUUGCAGAGUGUUCUACAGAAGCCAUGCUUCAGCAGUUUCUUCAUAAUCACACUUACAAUCAGCUGCCAAGUCAAGCAGCACCCACUCCAGGGCAUUAUCAACAGAUGUGGAUGAAGAAAGCAAACGAAGUAAAGGAGAGGUGCCAUAAUUCUACUGCUACAAACCGGAGCAGAGACGAGUGGCGUGCAAAAGCUCUGAGAAUACCAUUUUCAGUUGAGGAAAUUGUGAGCAUGUCUGUUGACUCUUUCAACGCCAUGCUAUCAAAGAACCAGCUGACAGAAACUCAGGUAUCACUUCUACGUGACAUCAGACGAAGAGGAAAAAACAAGGUAGCUGCCCAAAAAUGCCGUAAACGCAAACUGAAUGCAAUUCUUAACUUGGAAGAAGAUGUGUGUAAUCUCCAAACACAAAAGGAGAGCCUUAAAAAGGAGCACUCCCAGUGUAGCAAAUUAAUCAACCAGAUAAAGCAAAAAUUAAACAACUUGUAUCAUGACAUUUUCAGUAGACUGAGGGAUGACCAGGGUAGACCUGUUAACCCACGCCAGUAUGUCAUUGACUGCAGUAGCAAUGGAAGUGUUUUCAUAAUACCCAAGCACUUGGCCAAAUCUGAACAGAAACAAGACAACAGAAAAGAGCAGAAACAAAAGUAACAUGACUGGAGAUCACCAAAAUCACCUUUAUUUUGCCUUAAAGGAUGAUAAGAGUACUUGUGUGACAACUAAAGGUCAGUCAUUACAGCAGUUCAAACAAACAACUACACUUGAAGAGAAAUACUCUGUGUUCAGGAGUCUGGCAAACCCGAGCAGCUGUGAUCUGUUGGAAGGUCCAUGAGCUGAGGCUUCCAGAUGAGAAAAUCUGUUUAGUUUUAGUUAGAAUUAAAGGAGCUAGACCAUCAGUGCAGUGUAGCUUUAUAGACCUAUGUUAAAACUAGGAAUUUAGUUACUGGUAAUGGGGGGCAGAGGGGAGAACAUCAGUGAGGGAUAAAAGUCAACUUUGGAUCAAUGUUACACAUGCAAGAAAAUGUUUUAGUCUUGAAUACUUGACUCUUUAUACGGAAAAUGACCUUACUUUAUUCUCUAGCACUGAAAGAAAAAUUACAGUUCUAGUGUAUUUUCAACUUAAAUUCACUGUGGAUUUACAUAGGCUCAAGAGAUAAACUGCAUGCUUUGCAUUUAUUCAGAAGAAGCUCUGCUUUUCCUGGUUUUUCUUCGAGGAGAGCGGCCCAGGAGGCUAGUGCAUUUUUCCUCACUACUUUCAGCAUCGUAACUCCAAGCAAAGAUAACCUGGCACUUAAUUUUAUGACUCAUAUACACACAGUCUGCAAACAUCCUGAAAAAUAGUGGCUGAUUGAAUAUUUUCUUACCUUCAUCCUUUGCUACUAAAUUACUCUCAACUUUCUUCCACAAAAUGACCAGUGAUGAAGGAGUUUCUGUUCUGUUUCUUAGUGACUGUGAUAUUUAUUUGUGUACCUUCUCUUUUCCUUCCAUUUUGAUACCUUCCUCAAGAAGUACUUGAGUUUUUCUCUGUGGCAUUUUUAACUGGUAUUUUUUAAGUGUCUUUAAUGUUUCAGAUUUAAUUUUUUAAAAUAUAUGUUUUACGUAGUCUUUAACUUGAACCAAAUUACUGUUUAUCUAUACUUGUAAUUUUUGAGGUUACACUCUGAUAGCGCUCCAAAUGAAGAGGUUUUUGGUUUGACAUUUAUUUGUGCUAUUAGAAAGGAAAAGUUUUAUUCACUUACAUACUUACAACUUCCUAAAAAGGUUUGCAAGAGAGAUGGCCUAAAAGGCAUGUAAUUAAUGAUAAGGAAGGAAUGUUUAGGUAUAUUAUUAUGAAAGUAACUACUAAUAAUAAUUUCUAGAUAACAGCACAUACUUUAUGUUAAUUUUAUAACUGAAACAUAUAAAACUGGUAUUUAAAAAGUUCUCAUUGGUCAUGGCAUGACAAUGGAGCAAACUUAAAAAAAUCACUUGUACCAAUCAUGUAAGAACUACACAUACAAGCUUAAAUGCCAAAUUAUACCUGCUGCAGAAACAAACCGCCCCUGGCAUGGAAGUCACAUUGGCUGCUUGCACUUAUCUGUAACAAAACUGAUCUUAUCCUAUGACAUUUUCUAAAAAGGGAGCUCUAAGAUAGUGCCAAGUACAAUGAAUUAUCAAUAAUGAAAUCAGACUAUUUGAACAAUUUUCUCAGCAUUUUCUAUUAAAAUAUUUCUUUAAAUAAA